AAACCUCCCUUAAGCCGCCCCUUUCGCUUCCCUCUCCUCAUACCUGCCUUCGCCUCCUAAUGGCUUCCAAACCACAACCACCUGCGGCCGCGGCCGUUGCCGUCGAUUCUAGGGUCAGCUCAUCAACCGUAGAGUCGGCCGUGAACGCGCUGUUAAAAUACAAAGCAGCCCAUUCAGCCACGGAAAAGCUACAGCUGCUUCCCCAAGAUGACUACAUCUACCUCAACCUCACCCUGAAGAAAAUCCCUAACGCUCGCACGAACCCGUUUAGGAUCCCUCUUCCGCACCCUAUUUUGGACCUCAGCUCUCAGAUUUGCUUAAUCAUAGACGACAGGCCGCAAACGACUACCCCUCCUUCGGAGGAAAUCAAGAAACUCAUCAAAUCCCAGAACAUACCCAUUUCGAAAGUGAUCAAGAUUUCCAAGCUUAAGACGAAUUACAAGCCCUUUGAGGCAAAGCGGAAGCUUUGUGAUAGUUAUGACUUGUUCUUGGUCGACAAAAGGGUGGUCCAUUUGUUGCCUAAGUUGAUAGGGAAGCAGUUUUUCAAGAAAAAGAAGCUGCCUUUGGGGGUGGACUUGCGUAAGAGUAAUUUGAAGUUGCAAGUAGAGAGGGCUUUAGGGAGUGCUUUGCUGUAUUUGAGGACUGGGACAUGUUGUGUGAUGAAGGUCGGUAAGGUGGCGAUGGAGAAAGAUGAAGUGGUGGAGAAUGUGAUUGAUGCCAUUAAGGGAGCAGUUGAGAGGGUGCCGAAGAAGUGGGAUGGUGUGAGGAGUUUGCAUUUGAAGUUCUAUGACUCGGUAGCAUUGCCUAUUUACCAGGCAAUGCCGGACGUGAAGUUGAAAAUUGAGGGGUUGAAGGAGAUAGAAAAGAGAGCUGAGGUAGCUAAAAUUAGUGACAGUGAGGGAGAAGUUAAGGAAACAAGUGGAAGGAAGGAUGGUAAAAGUGGGAAGAAGAAGAAGGGGAGGAUUCAUGAGGUUCGCUACAUGGAUGUUGGAGAGGAUAUGGAGAGCGGUGAUGAUGUUGAUGAGAUUGAGCAAGUAAGGAGUGUGGAUAAUGAUGACGAUUUGGGACAGAAGAUGAGAGGAAAUUUGAUGGUGGAAAGUGAUGAUGAUGAGGAAGAUAAGGAUGAGAGUGAGAGGAUUGGUGUUGAGGAUAUAAGUACUAAUGAAACUGUGGGGAAGAAAAGGAACAAGGGUAGAGCUGCGAAGAAAGAGGUUUUAGGAACACUGAAUGGGGAGAAGCGGGUGAAGAAGAAGCCAAAAUCUGAGAAGAGUGGGGAUGAAAAAGUAAAGAAAGAUGAUGUGUCAGGGGGAGAGGUAUCUGGUGGAAAGAAAGGGAAGAAAAAGAGUGAGCUUAGGCAAAGGCGGAGCGAAAGGAUUGCGAAGGUGAAGGAUGCAAACCCCAAGAAGAAAGUGUCGGCAAAAUGAUCAAAAUAAGCAGCAUAUUUUUGACUGGCUACUUAUGUAGUGUGCUGAGUUACUGAGGAAUGGGUUGCUGAGGAUUCUCUUCCAACAAGUGUGCUCUUGAUCAUUGAAUACCCACAAAAUUUUGGUUACAAUAGAAGUACCAGUAUUUCGAUUGUUUAGAUAAGUUUAUUACUUUAUCAUUAAGGCUAUGUUGUUGAAUCAUCUUCUGUUUUCCGUGUUAGUGCCUGAUGGAGUCAUUUAUAGAACUUUGACUUCACUUUAUAAAGUCGAAUUGCAAUCAUGAAAAUGAAUUUCUGGAUUUGGAUGCAGAUUAUUAUUCCUCUCAUUGUCUGUUAGUAAUGUUACUCAUAUUUACAAUUUAAUAUACGGGCUUUCCUCCA